AUGUCUAUCGCCACACCAUCAAUGCUUCGGCAAUGGACAUGGACACACAUUGGCUAUGCUGUCAUGGGUGUCUUGCUCACGUUUGAUCUCAUCAUCAUUCAAGAACCACCACUCAUUGUACGUCUUGCAUUGGGCAUUCUCCUCGUUUCUUCGACAAUGAUACCCUACAUUCGACGCUUCACCAUCCCAGCCAUGCCAAUCUUUACUUGGCUCAUCACAUUCUACGCCUCUCGCUUCAUCCCACAGGAUUAUCGCCCACACCAUAUCUUUGUCAACAUCCUUCCCAGCCUCGAACGUAUCUUGUAUGGUGCCAACCUUUCAGAAAUCAUUUCAAAGAAUCAACACCCCGUGUUUGAUGUACUUGCUUGGUUACCCUAUGGUGUUAUCCACUUUUCAUUGCCAUUCUUUUUCGCCGCAGUACUUUUCGUGUUUGGUCCUCCAAAGUCAUUGCCUGUGUAUGGCCAAGCCUUUGGUUACAUGAACCUUGCAGGUGUGCUGACUCAAUUGUGUUUCCCCAAUGCUUCGCCUUGGUAUGAAAUGAGUUAUGGCUCCGCACCUGCCGAUUACUCAGUUCCCGGUGAAGCUGGUGGUCUUGCACGUAUCGACAAGAUCCUUGGUUUGAACCUGUAUGGUUCUUCCUUUGGAGCAUCUCCCUUGGUAUUUGGCGCGUUCCCAUCCUUACAUUCAGGAUCAGCUACCAUUGAAAUGUGUUUCCUCGUAUACCUGUUUCCACGUGCAUGGCCUAUCGCUAUUGCUUACACCAUGUGGAUGUGGUGGGCAACCAUGUACUUGACACAUCACUACUUGAUUGAUUUAGUGGGUGGUUCCAUCUAUGCAUUUUCGGCCUUUUUCGUUGCACGUCGGCACUUGCCGCCAUUACGGGCAGAGUGCCGUACUCGUUUACAGUAUCUCGGCAUCCAAAAGAUCAGUGUGCGCGAUUUCAUUCGGAGCAUCGAGUUUCGACUCAACUAUGAUCAUAUCUUUUCCAAGCCAUUACAGGUGGUGGCCAAUGAUGCCACAAUGGAGGAAUGUGAGGAAGACGUGUUUGUACUCAAGGAGCCUAUGGCCUUGCGUUUGAGACGUUUUGAUUCUGGUUCGGAUGAAGAAGAAAAUGUUGGUCUUUCAUAUUCUGGCAGCUCAACACCUGCGGAGCCAUCUUCUCCUACCACUCCUCGUUCACCCUUGUCUUUGCCAUCAUCAUCACAAUUCCCGCUUCAAUCCAAAGCCUAG